AUGCCUACUCUCGCAAAAGACCUUCUUCCACCUUCCAAAUUUCAUCCUAGUAUCCACCCCCACGUCGACUCUGUUGCGGCCGAGGUAGACGAUUAUUUCCUUCGAAACUGGCCGUUCCGCUCUGAGAAAGAGCGAGCCAAGUUCCGUGCCGCGGGAUUUUCUCGCGUGACAUGCUUGUACUUCCCACUCGCGAUGGAUGACCGUAUCGGGUUCGCCUGCCGGUUGUUGACCGUUCUAUUUCUCAUUGAUGAUUUGCUUGAGGAAAUGGGCCUUGAUGAAGGAUCCGAAUAUAACGAGAAGCUUAUCUCAAUUUCCCGGGGAGAAAUUCCCCCUGACCGAAACAUCCCUGUUGAGUGGAUUAUGCAUGACCUGUGGGAGGAUGUGAAAGCCUGUGACGCGGUUCUCGGGGAGCAAAUCAUGGAGCCCGUGUUUACAUUCAUGAGAGCACAGACAGACAAGAGCCGGCUUGCCAUCCAUCAGCUGGGAGAAUAUCUUGAAUACCGGGAGAAAGAUGUCGGGCAAGCUCUCCUUUCUGCUCUCCAGCGCUAUACCAUGAAAAUACAUCUUACGGAGGAAGAUCUUCGCAUUGCGGCCCCUGUUGAGCGCAACUGCGCAAAGCAUAUUGCAGUGCUUAACGAUAUUUAUAGCUGGAACAAGGAGCUACUAGCGUCGGAGACCCUUCACCAUGAGGGUGCCGCUAUCUGUUCAUCUGUACAGGUACUAUCAGAGGAAACUGCCCUGAAUCAUGCCGCUGCUCAACGGGUACUGUGGACCAUGUGUCGUGAGUGGGAGUCAGUUCAUCGAGAACUCGUGAGGGAGAGGGAGGAGAUCGGAUGUAAAGGGGAUCUAUUAGAUUAUAUCCAUGGACUGGAGUAUCAGAUGAGUGGAAACGAGCGAUGGAGUGAAUCUACGCCACGUUACCACUUUUGA